GUCGCCAUCUGGAACAUACACCAAUCAUAUCGGUACAACAGUGACACUCGAUUGUCACGUAGCGGGAGGUAACCCCCUGGCUACACUAUCGUGGGAAUGUAAGGGGACACCAAUGACUGGACAGAAUUGGAGCAGUACAGGUAUUGCUCGGUCCAGACUGGAAUUUACAAUAGACAAAUCCUACAACAAACAACAGUGUGUGUGUACCGCCACACACCACGGCAUAGUGUUUGAUGAAGAGGCCCUGCAGUUUAACGUGAUUUAUCCACCAGCAGGAAGCGUCGUUUUGUCGCCACCUAGAGCAUACACCAGUAUUACCGGUAAAAUAGUGACACUCUAUUGGCAAGUAGAGGAAGGUAACCCCCUGGCUACACUCUCGUGGCAAUGCAAGGGGUCACCAAGGACCGGACAGAAUAGGACCAAUGCCGGCAUUGCUAGGUCCAGACUGCAAUUAACAAUAGACAAAUCCUACCACCGACAACAGUGUGUGUGUACCGCCAAACACCAGGCCAGUCCUAAUGGAGUGUACGGUACAGAGUCUGUGCAGUUCAAUGUGAUUUAUCCGCCUUCAGGACCAAUGUGGAUGAUUCCCUCGGACAGAAAGACCGUUCAGUCAAAUGCAAUAGAAACGAUUGACUGUCAGGUAAAGGGAGGUAACCCUCUGGCCACAAUAAGCUGGCGGUGUAAGGGAUCACCAGAGAUCGGAAAGAAUCUCAUCAAGAAAGAUGUAUCUUCGUCCAGACUGGAAAUCACUAUAGACAAAUCCUACCACCAACAGCAGUGUGUGUGUACCGCCAGUCAUCAGGCCGUUUCUAAAAGAGUGUUCGGUCAAAAGUCUGUGGAGUUUAAUGUCAUUUACGGACCAUUCAUCAGACUAAAUCAAUCUGAAGUCGUCCUUGAGGGUGAGAGCUUGACAAGAACGUGUUCAGCUUACGGUAAUCCAAAACCAACGACAUUCUGGUACCAUGACGGCAACGCUCUAGGGACAAAGAAGACCCUUCAGUUCCUAAGUAUAGACAGACAGGACGCGGGGAACUACACAUGUAUUGCUACGGCUACACACGACAAUCUGUCACUGAGCUCUUCGAAAGCGCUCAACAUUAUCGUUCAGUAUGGGCCCGAUGUUGAUCUUUCUAUCACAAAUGCAACAGAAAAUAGAACGAAUCUUCGCCUGAAUUGCACAGCUAAUGGCGUACCUACAAACUACACGUACAGAUGGAUACACAAGAUUGGGUCUACUGUCAUCCGAGACUCAUUUGACCACGUGACGAAUUUAGGGUCAAUGAGUACACUGACCAUACCAACAGUGAGUCUCCAGGACAUGGGGAUGUAUAUAUGUGAGGUGGAGAAUGGGAUUCCAGGGAGAAAUGGACAGAUCGUACAGACGGGACAGGGAUUUAUGUCAGUGACAGGUUGUACAUUCUUUAGUGAUAUGGAACACUUUCGUUUGAAACCAAUUAAAUAACUGUCUUUUUACUUGUAUGAUACUUUUCAAAAACAAGAAAAAGUGUGUCGCUUCGUGCUUGUGAUUGUUUUUCAUUGCUGGUAGAGUAAUGUGUAUGCUAUCCCUCGAGUACCGGAAAGCUAUGUUACAGAAAUUUGCAACUCUCUCAGCAUUAAUAUAUAACCUUCAUCAGUUUUCCUGAAACAGUCAACUUUAUAGUCAUCUGGAUUCCUAUCACCCUCAAAAAACGAUACCGCCG